UCCACAGCCAUCAUGGCAAACAGAGAUCUACGAUCUACUGGCAGUUACCAUGGUGAUGAGGAGGAGGAGGAGCCUCCAGAAGACUCACCAUACAAGACAAAGAGGAGUCAUGAGUUGGAUGCUGAGGAGCUUGGGUCAGCAUACACCAAAGUCUUUCAGAAAUUAGGUCUCAGUUGUGACCCUGCAUCUCACAGGUUCUUGGAUCAGAAACCAUUCCAGAAGGCAAAGGUCCACUACUUCAACAAACGGCUGAAGAAAAGUCAUGACCCCGACCUGAACUUGAGGAAGAAGCCACUCCACAUCAGAUUCAGCAAUGACGAACGUGAGGCCGAAGACGGAGGGGAUGAAGAUGCAGGGACAUCCUCCCAGGAAGGAUCAACAGUUGUUAAAGAAAGAGGAGAAAUUAAGCAGAGUCCUGUGAUGUCCUUUAAAGUUGGCAAGAGCAAUGUUCUUGGAAAGGUGAGGGGUUUCCUGGAGAGAGAGGAAGACUUGAAUGACAUCGGGGUCAGUUGUCAUGGUUUCGAUGAGGAUGAUGAUGAUACAGAUAGUAAUCUUGAUGAAAACAGUGAGGCCCCAAUAGAGGAUAAGACUAAUAAUAAAUUACUUGAUGAAAAUGUCAAAGAAUUUCCAGUAGAGGAGGCGCCUUUAGAACACGGUGAUGAUGGUUGCCAUAGUAACAAACAAGCAGAUCAGAGGAUGGACGAUGAAGUGAAUAGUAAGGAUAGUUGCAUAGAUGAAAAAGGAGAUGCCUUGCCAACAGACUUGCCAAAACAAGCAGCAUCAGAACAAAACACAACGUCCAGCACUUCUGGAACCUUACAGACCGUAGCUGAACUAGAAGAAAUAAAGAUAGAAGAAAAUAGGGUAAAUUCGGAGGAGAUUGUGAGGGAGGAAGGAGAAGUCAAAGAUGUUGAUCGGGAGUCGAAACCAAAAGCGAAGCAGCGCAGACAGCGGAAGUAUACUUCCAAGCAUGACAUAGCUGGAGGCAGUAAGCAUCUGAAUAAGUACUGGGCUCAGCGAUACAGAUUGUUCUCGAGAUUUGAUGAAGGCAUCAAGUUAGACGAAGAGGGCUGGUAUUCAGUCACCCCGGAGAGGAUAGCUGAACAUCAAGCAGAGAGAUGUAGAUGUGACUUGAUUGUUGAUGCUUUCUGUGGGUCAGGGGGUAAUGCGAUCCAGUUUGCCUUUACGUGUGAGAGAGUGGUAGCAGUUGACAUCGACCCCGCCAAGAUCGAGUUAGCCCGACACAACGCCGCAGUCUAUGGGGUGGAGGAUCGUAUCGAGUUCAUCGUCGGUGACUUCUUCAAGGUAGCAGACGACUUGAAAGCAGACGUGGUGUUCUUGAGCCCUCCGUGGGGCGGACCAAAGUACCUCAAUGCUGAAGUCUUUGAUCUCUUCUCCAUGAUGGACAUUGAUACUGCAGCCAUGUUUGAGAAGGCUAGAUGCAUCUCAGAAAACAUUGGUUUCUUUGCUCCAAGAAAUGCUAAUGUAGAACAGUUGGCCUCCCUCGCUGGCCCAGGAGGGCGUAUGGAGAUCGAGCAGAACUUCUUGAACAAGAAAAUCAAAACCAUCACAGCAUACUAUGGGGAGCUCGUAGACUGAUCAUGAAGCUGCUGUGUGUGUUUUUAACAAGCUCCUAGUGUCUACAGGAGAGUCAGUUCGAUUCAUCUGAUGGGGAUCACAAAGCUGCUGUAUAAGUGAUCUCAUUAACUUGAUAAGUCAUUUACAAUAGCUUGAACUAUAAAGCAUUUAUGUCCCAAACUCAAUAUUUUAAUCUUUAAUAACACAUUCCGAGAUAUUAUGAGAGAAUCAGGCAGACA